AUGUCAGGUUAUGUCGACCAGCAGGAUUUGCAUGUGUCAACUGCCACUGUCCACGAGGCAGUGAUGACCUCGGCGCUAUUGCGCCUGCCACGGUCAAUGUCGCUGCGCGACUCACGCAUCGGCAAAUCGGGUGCACGAGGAAUCAGUGGCGGAGAGAUGCGGCGUGUGUCGAUUGCCUGUGAGCUUGUCACAUCUCCUUCUAUCAUAUUCCUUGAUGAGCCCACGUCUGGUCUUGAUGCCUACAAUGCAUACGUUGUCAUGGACACGCUGUCGCAGCUGGCUCGGAGGUACGGACGCACUGUCAUAUGCACUAUUCACCAGCCACGGACAGACAUUUUCAGCAUGUUUGACCGGCUGAUUAUCUUGGCUGCUGGCCAGAUGUGCUAUUCGGGACCGGCAAAUACGAUGGUCCAGUACUUGGAGUCCAUCGGCCAUCCAGUACCUGAAGGGUACAACAUCGCCGAUUUCUCUAUCGAUCUGGUGCAGCAGGCAACGGUGAGUGGUAAGAAGAAGGAGGGAAAGGAACAAAUUGCGAUCACAGCCGAACUCAAGCCGGUGAAGCUAGUCGACGACGAGGUUGAUAGCGAAUAUGAUGAGUGGAGCAAGCUUGCCAAAGACAGCCCCGAGCUUCUGCCUUCACCUGCCGAAGACAGCCAGCCGGCCCCUAAGUUCCUAAGCAAGUCCAAUCGUCAGGGAUCACAGUUCCUUGUUUAUGAUAUCGAAGUCAGCCUUGAGCGGCUAGUCGAGAAUUUCACAGAGAGCAAGCAGUACAUCGAGAUGACAGACGAUCUCAACACAGUGACUGGUGCGGAGUGGACGCCGUCCGAAUUCAAGACCGCCAGCAGCACGUAUGGUGGCACGCCUUACACUCGGCCAGUAACACCGUACCAGCAGGUUGCAGUCAUCCUCAUCAACCUGCGCGAUCUUGCAUACCUGUUCUACCGCCGCCUGCGAGGCGAGCGCAUAAGCGACACGUUCAAUGACAAGCACCGACCGACAGUGUACGAGCAAUUCAAGGUCUUGUCAGCGCGCAUAUUCAACCACCUUUACCGCGACCCGACGCUGAUGCUGGCCAACUACGCCCUUUCUGUAUUCAUUGGGCUGAUGUGCGGUGUUCUCUUCUACCAGCUCGACAACUCGAUACAGGGGAUGCAGAACCGCCUUGGUCUGCUGAUGUUCAUUCUGGCGUUCUACGGAUUCGGAUGCACUACAUCGCUCUUGCGUGCUAACGCCUACUACGAUCCGCUAGCGUAUUUCAUGGCGAAGGUUACAUUCGACCUUAUUCCUCUGCGUGUGGUUCCGCCUUUGCUGCUGACGCUGAUCGCAUACCCGAUGACUGGGCUAUCGGCAACAGCCUCGCAGAUGUUCUUCAUUGGGCUUUUGGCGGAGGAGCUGGUGGUCUCAAACUUCAUUGCCUCGAUCAUGCUCCUGUUCUCGUUGCUGUUCGGCGGUCUGAUUCUCAACAAGGAUUCGAUGCCAGCCAUCAUCCAGCCUUUGUGCCAUGUGUCAUCGUUCAAUUUGGCAUAUGAGGCUAUGGCCAUUAGCGAGCUGCGGUUCGCCACUGUUGAGGAGGUGCGCUUUGGACUCGAGAUCCAGGUGCCUAGCGCUGCGCUGCUAUCAUCGUUCGGGUUUGACGUACUUGCCUUCUGGCCAGAUAUCGGAAUCCUGCUGGAAAGGAGAUAGGACCUGUUUCUCUCUGCGCUGAGCGUGCAGCCAAGUACCAGCAACAACAAAAAAUUCACCUAGCAUCCAUUUCCAUUUUUCAUUUUCACACUUUUAAUCUGAUGUUGUCCCACUGAACCGGCUCACGCAACUGCGGCUGUGGUGACACGAAGCUUGGCUUGCUAGAAGCCUCGUUCAGCUUUUUCUCCCUUUU